AUGGGAUCGCAACAGAAGUCUGCGCCGCCGCCGCAGCGGCACUCCUUCUCCGGCUUCCUCUUCGACAUGGACGGCACCAUCAUCGAUUCCACCACCGCCAUUGUCAAGCACUGGCAUAGCAUUGGCAAGGAGAUUGGAGUGUCGCCCCAGAUGAUUCUGGAGACGUCCCAUGGACGGCGGAGCAUCGACGUCUUCAAGGCCGUGGCGCCGCACAAGGCCACCUGGGAAUACGUUAGACGGGUGGAAGAGCAGAUCCCCUACCUGUACGCUGACGAAGCCGUCGAGAUCCCGGGCGCGCGCCCCCUUCUCGACGCCCUCAUCGCCCGGUCCAGCCCCUGGGCCAUCGUCACCUCGGGCACCGAGCCCCUCGUCGCCGGCUGGCUCAGCGUCCUCUCGCUCGCCAAGCCCGAGCACCUCGUCACCGCCGAGUCGGUGCGCGACGGCAAGCCCGACCCGGCCUGCUACCUCGUCGGCCUCGAGAGGCUUGGCCUGCAGGCCGUCGCGCCCGACGUGCUCGUGCUCGAGGACUCGCCCGCCGGGAUCCGCGCCGGCAAGGCCGCUGGGUGCAAGGUCGUGGGCCUCGUCACCAGCCACUCCCUCGAGCAGGUCGUUGCCGCUGGCCCGGACUGGGUCGUCAAGGAUCUCGAGUCCGUCACCGUCGUUGGCCCGGCGGCCGACGGCAGGACGACAAUCGAAAUCUCCCACCUGCUGUACCCGCAAUCGUAG